GCAACACCUUCAGACACAGGGAGUAAACAGUCAUCAGCUGACCCAGGAAGGGGAGGCGUUGCUCAAGACAAUGUACAGUAAUUACCUAUUUUCCUCGUCCUUGUUCGUGAGUUACUGUGAGAGAGGAGUCGUGGGAUGUGUCUAAUUUGAUAGUGUGUACAUAAACCUUGAGAGGAUCGCCAUGAGUGAUAGAGAUUACUCGCCACUCAGCUCGGCUUGUGUCCGGGCUCUGAGUGACAAGCUGUAUGACAAGAGGAAGGCGGCCGCCCUCGAGAUAGAAAAGAUGGUGAAGGACUUUUCUGCUGUCGAUAACCAAGAGCAGAUCAGUCGACUCAUUCAUGUUCUUGAAGAAUUUGCCAUGUCUCACAACCCACACACACGAAAAGGAGGACUCAUUGGUUUGGCCGCUGUUGCCAUUGGACUUGGCACAAGGGGUAUUGGUCCGUACAUUCAAGACCUCGUCAACCCUAUCCUGGCCUGUUUUACUGAUAGCAACCCAAAUGUGCGCUACUAUGCCACGGAGUCCCUCUACAAUGUUGUCAGGGUGUCACGAGGAACCGUCUUAUCUCAGUUCAAUGACAUUUUCAUCAUCCUGGUUCGUUUGGCGACGGAUGCGGACCAGAACGUUAAAAAUGGCUCCGAGAUGCUCGACAGAAUAAUGAAAGACAUUGUAACAGAAAGUGCCUCAUUUGACUUGGUUGCAUUCAUUCCUGUCCUGCGUGAGAAACUUUACGUCAACAACCACUGGGCACAGACCUUGGUGGUGUCUUGGGUGCUGGUCCUCCACACUGUACCUGAUGUUGACACACUCUUGUUCCUCUCUGAGAUAUUAGAUGGCUUGUUUUUCAUCCUUGAAGCUCCCAAACCUGAAGUGAAAAAAAUGUGUGAGGCUGUGGUGGGGGAGUUCCUGGUGAGCAUCAAGAAAGCUCCAGAGAAAGUCAAGUUUGCUGACAUGAUCAACAUCCUCAUUGCACACGCUCAGUCAAGUGACCAGCUGGUGCAGAUGAUCGCCCUAACUUGGAUCAGUGAGUUUGUGAAGCUGUCUCGCCGCGUGAUGCUGCCUCACACUUCAGGGAUUCUCACCGCUACAAUUCCUUGCCUGGCUUUUGAUGAUCCCACAUAUGCCAAGACUCGAGCGUUGGCCGAAGACGUGAGCUCGGAACUGAUGGAACUCAUUACCGUGGAAGACGACAGAGAUGGCCCCGAGGGUUCGGCCGACUCGUCCAACGACCAGAACUCAGCGUCGCCCUGUAAUGAUUUUUGUAGUGAGGGGCUUGAUCUAAAGUCGGUGAUGGAGGUACUCCGUAAACAGCUGCGCAACACUCCGGUCCCCUGCAAGACGGCCGUCCUCCGAUGGGUCUACCACCUCCAUAACAAGAUCCCCAAUAAAAUGUGUCGGUACCUGGAGGAGUUAUUCCACGUUCUCCUGAGGACACUGUCGGACCCUUCUGACGAGGUGGUGUUGCUGGUGAUUCAGGUGUUGGCUCAGAUCGCCUCCACGACCAACCAGCAUCCUGCGGCAGCCAUACAAGUGGUGGACGGUGAGGAGAGGAACAACGUCGACGAGUACUUCACAAGAUUCCUCCAAAACCUUCUUCAUCUCUUUGCCACUGAACGGAAUCUCUUAGAAGACCGCGGACCUUUUAUCAUCAGGCAGCUGUGUGUGAUGUUGAGUGCUGAGGACAUAUACCAGACCCUGGCAGAGCUACUGCAGAAGGAGGAGAACCUGACUUUUGCAUCAGAAAUGGUGCAGACAUUGUCAUCGAUUCUUCUUACAUCAAAGGAAUUGUUUUCCCUAAGAAUACAACUGAAGGAUCUCUCAACUCCGGAAAGCUGUGAUUUGUUUGUUAACUUGUAUCGUUCGUGGAGUCACAACUCAGUGGCGACCCUCACCCUCUGCCUCCUCACCCAGAACUAUUCACAUGCAGCUUCCCUCGUCCAUGCCUUUGGAAAUAUUGAAGUGACGACAGAUUUCCUAGUGGAGGUGGAUAAGCUGGUCCAGUUGGUGGAAUCUCCUAUAUUUACCUAUCUGCGCCUGCAGCUGCUGGAUCCUGUUGGUCACUCGGCUCUGGUGGAGACACUGUACGGGCUCCUUAUGUUGCUGCCCCAGAGUGAUGCGUUCUCUCUCCUGCGGUGCCGCCUCAACUGUGUCCCUCCCAGUCACCUUCUGAAACACACACACGGCAAGGUAGAGGAACGCCCUCUGGCCAGCUCUAUGGACUUUGAUGAACUUUUGACACAUUUCUGUACCACACAAGAGAAACACAGGAAGUACAAACAUCAGAAAAUUAGGCAGAGACUACAGUCCAGCAUCGACCCCUCGGCCAGACACCAGAGCUAGUGGGUGGUGGGGUCAUAUGUUUAAGAAGUAUCAUCUUUUGGUAUACAGUAUAUACUUCAGGCUGAUGAAGGCAUAUAAUAUUCACAAGUCAUGAAACAAAUUCUGAUUAUCACUUCUUAUUUUUCAUAAUUUUUUAAAAGAUGUUUCAAAGAUUCUUUUUUUUCUUGAGAGUGAGAGAUACAUACAGUACUGUACUAGUAUCAUAAGUUUAGAACAUUUUCUAAUUAAUAUAAAGUUAGUGUCACUAAGUAUGAAUCGAUCACCAAAUCACUUGAUUCUUUUGUAUUUAGUCACGGUUAAUAUGUACCUAAGGGAUGAUUGUAAUGGUUUUAUUAAAAUGUUUUUGUAGAUUC